GACCAGAGUCAGCCCAUCUGUUGUUAACGACGCCGAGUGGGCCCUGCCAACCUCGGGCACGUGCCCUCUGGCAGUAGAGUCUGGGCGGGACCCGGCCUGCGCGAGGGACCGCGGAGCGACCGACCUGGGCGACAGGGACCGCGACCGAGGCAGCGGAGCCAGGGACCGCGGCGACCCUGACCGCCCCCGCGAGCGGGACCGGCGGCAGGACUUGGACGCCGACAGGCGCCGCCCCGCCGAGGACAGGGACGCCGACAGGCGCCGCGAGCCAGACAGGGGCAGGGACGACCGCCGUCGCGCAGACCGCGACCGCGGCGCCCCACCGGAGCGCGAGCGGGACCGCGGCACCCCGGCGGAGCGUGAGCGGGAGCGCGAGCGGAGACUUGGCGACCGGGAUCGGCGCCGAGAUUACAGAUAGACUCGCACGCAGAGCUCGUUCAAGAGCUGAAGCAGGCUAAUGCGUAGCAACGACGUGUGCCCAGUCUUCUAUGUUUCUUGUCGCUUGCUCUGCGGGGCGGUGCGAUGACGAUGCUAGGUGCAUCUCAUAGCUGGAUCCCAUCCCCGUGUGGCUUAGACGGUAAGUACUUAUUCCGUCCUGGGUCCCAUGCUGUAGGCGGGCGGGAGGACGAGGGGGCCGUGCACGUGCCGCCGUCGACCCAUCGGUGAGACAGUACGACGGUCC